UUCAAAAAGAUGAAGGUUUUCGUUGUAUUGCUUGCUAUCUCAGCUCUUGCUCACGGAGCACCAAAAGCUGUUGACUCCAACGCCAUCCCAUUGGUCGAUGGUAGAAUCGUUGGAGGUGACCCAGCCAACAUUGCCGACUACCCAUACCAAAUCUCCCUUCAAUACUACGGAAGCCACAUCUGCGGUGGAAGCAUCAUCGCCUCCAAAUGGGUUGUAACCGCUGCUCACUGCACUGACGGCUUCUCCGCCUCCGCCCUCUCCAUCAGAGCCGGCAGCUCCACCCGUGGAUCCGGAGGUCAAGUCAUCAACGUUAAGAAGAUCAACCAGAACCCAAGCUACAACAGCAACACCAUCGACUACGACAUCUCCGUCUUGGAACUAGCCAGCGCCAUCACCGUUUCCAACGCCCAAGCCAUCGGCCUGCCAGUGGCCAACGCCAACGUUGAAACCGGCGCCACCGCCACCAUCACCGGCUGGGGCACCACAUCCGAAGGCGGCAGCUCCCCGACCCAACUCCAAGUCGUCCAAGUCCCAAUCGUCUCCGCAGCCACCUGCAGAUCCGCCUACGGAUCCUCCUCCAUCACCAGCAGGAUGCUGUGCGCCGGUCUGACCCAGGGAGGCAAAGACGCUUGCCAAGGUGACUCUGGCGGCCCAUUGGUUGUUGGCGGCAAAUUGGUCGGUAUCGUUUCUUGGGGAUACGGAUGCGCCCGCCCCAACUACCCCGGAGUCUACUCCAGCGUACCGGCUCUUAGGUCUUACAUCACCCAAGUUGCUGGCAUUUAGGUUACCAGAAGAUAUAAUUAAUUGUUAAUUUCAUUUUA